CCUAGUGUUUCCUCAAUUUAGUGCAGUUUGAGUUUUAGAAACAAUUAUUAAUAGUAUCGUUUUAAGUUUCAUAAGGAUUAUCUGUUUAUUUGCUAAGUAAACAUUUUCAUUUAUGUUCUUGGCCAUAUUUUAACCUAUGUUGCUUUUAGGAUAUCAAUAAUCUACUUUGUUGCUAAGAAACGUGUAAAUAAACUUUAUUUCAAAGUUUUAACCCAAGUCUGUUGUGUUUUAUAGUUCAGUUAUUAACCUUAAGAGUCUGUUUUCUGUUGUAGGAUAAAAAUAGAAUAUUUCUAGAUGCUCUGCUCUCAGAAUAGUUAUAUUUAGCCAUUACUACAAUAAAAGCCAUAUAGAGGACAUUCCAAUGUAGUGUUUAUUUAAACAGUGUCACUAGUUUUAGUUUUGAAAAAUCAAUAGGCCUUAAAUCAUAGAUAUAUUUUCUUCUCAAGAAUUAUUAUUUAGUUAAUAAUCAAUACUUUAUAAAUGUGUUACAACUAUGUGCUAGAAACAUUGCUUAUAAACAUCUUAAAACACUAAAAAUGUAAUUUAAUUCAAUCAAACACUUGAAUUCAAAUUUCAAAUUUUAGUGUAAUGUUUGGAAUAGAUUCUUGUAACAACAUUAAAAACAUGACAUCUUAUAGUAUUGACUAUGAAAACCGAAGAUUUUCAAAAAACCAAAGGUCAAAAAUUGUUGAAAGUUUUAUAACAAACACAAUAGCAUGUUUGGGCCCAAUAGUUAUUCCUCCUUUACAUAUUUACAUCAUUUAUCAUUUCUGGAGACAGUACAGCAGACACGUUGAUAGACACUAUUGUACAUGCUCGUGCUGGGAUACAGUUUUCAAAGGAACAUACGAGUCAGGAAUAGCUUCGUAUAAACACGUCUAUUUCAACGCGACCCGGAACACAGGAAAAAUAUGGUCUCUGACUGCGCUGUGUGUGAUAGCUCUGUACGAGGCAGUGCGAAGGUUGGCUGUCUUGCUCCUCAACAACCGUCUUCGCCACUCCAUGCUGAUUCUCUUCCUUUCUUCCAUAUUUUCACAUUAUUAUUCUUGGUGGUCAUUUUUCAACUACUGGAACGACGACUUCUACUCUCAGUGGAAUCACCAACUUUUCUUUUCUCUAACGGAGUUGUUCUCAACACUAAUAGUCUUGCGAUUGGCUGAUUCUCGUGAGUCAGUCCGGCCGUUUAAAGUGCUACCAAUUGUAGCUGUGGCAGCAACGCACAUCGUAGCGUCUUCCUGGGACCAGUUCCUGGACAAUGUGGUCCGUGGUGAGGGCUCUGCCCACCAGGUUUUGAGAGAUGUCUGUUUUAUGGUGCCUGACAUCUUGCAUGUUGUGUUGCCUCUGUUGGAGCUCCUCUGCGUAUGCUCUCAUAGCCACAGCCUGCGCAGAGACUGUUUGCUGUUCUGCAUACUGCUCACUAUAGGUCUCGUCUUCAGCAUUUAUACCAACUCUGUUAAUGAUUGGUGAAAUGGUGGAAGGAUGUAUAGUAUCGUUCUAUUUUGUUUCGAAUCAGUUGCAUUCAUAAAUUAUUGUCAAUAAUACUGGUGGAAAAAAUUACUACCGCUAAGAUUUAACAAUGAAAAAACUAUGAAAAUAUAUUAGUAUACAGCUAUAACAUACACAGGCUAAUAUGGUAAUUUUUCAGAGUCAAAGUUAAACUUUUAAUAUAUGACUUAAAAGAAUAAAAAGACUCACAAAUGGACAAGAAAUAACUGUCAGUAGUCAUGUAUACACACACUAGCAAGGAAGAGGUUAUAACAAAGACUGGACUGUAUAGAUAGAUAAGGCAUAAGAAAACAUUUCAAAUUAGAAACCUGUGACUACUUAAUGGAGAAUGUAGAAAUACCACUCCUUAGUUCAGUGCCUAAGGUUGAUACUUUUGGACUGUUUCUUUUGUGAGUGUCAUAGGUAAAAACAGUCAUAGAAGAUAAUACAGUGUCUUCCUAAUGUUAAAUAGGAAAUUUUUAGGUACAUUUAUUUUUUUUCCACAUUCUAUUAAAAAAGUAACUGGACUGGCGUUGUUAUGUUGGACUUACAGCUUUGAGACCUAUAAUUUUUUAUAGUAGUUCCCUUCUGAUGCAAUGCCAUUUCCAUAAUUUGAAACAAAGUUUUGAAGUAACUUUUUUGAACAUCGUUUGUUCAACCCAUAGAAACAAACUCAUAUUGCUGUAAACAUUAUAAAAAAGUCCCUUGACAGAAAAACAGGAAAAAUAUGUUUUCCUCACUUUGCUGUAAUUUUGCUGAACUUUCUGGGUCUUUGAAUACUUAGAACUUUACACAUAGACAUGUAUACAACUAAUACACUCUUCACAGAGUACUCAUAUAAACUUUUAAUAUUAAAGUUUUGUUACAAGUUCAUCAAAGUUUUAAAAUGAAAUUGAACAAAAGUAGGCGGAAAAUGAUUAUUCCUGACAUGUUAAAAAUGCUAUGAAGAUGUUUUAGGAUGUGAAACAAUUGUUUCUUGACAGUAAUUACUGUAAUUACUGUCAAGAAACAAAUCAACAUAUUUUCAUCUAAAUACACAACUAAGAUUUAAGAAUGAGAAGGGUCUCUACCAAGCUUGUGCCUCACGUUCUGACUGUCUACAGACCAUUGAUAAACUAUCACAGGUUAGUGGGUCAUCUUGGAGCUUGGUUAAUGAAUUUUACCUGAAGAUCUAGGUAUGAGAAGGGUCUCUACCAAGCUUGCGCCUCACGUUCUUCAACAGAUCAUUGAUAAAAUAUCACAGGUUAGUGGGUCACAUUGGAGCUUGGUUAAUGAAUUUUACCUGAAGAUUUAGGAAUGAGAUGGGUCUCUACCAAGCUUGUGCCUCACGUUCUGACUGUCUACAGACCAUUGAUAAAAUAUCACAGGUUAGUGGGUCAUAUUGGAGCUUGGUUAAUGAAUUUUACCUGAAGAUUUAGGAAUGAGAUGGGUCUCUACCAAGCUUGUGCCUCACGUUCUGACUGUCUACAGACUAUUAAUAAAAUAUCACAGGUUAGUGGGUCAUCUUGGAGCUUGGUUAAUGAAUUUUACCUGAAGAUUUAGGAAUGAGAAGGGUCUCUACCAAGCUUGUGCCUCACGUUCUGACUGUCAACAGACCAUUGAUAAAAUAUCACAGGUUAGUGGGUCACAUUGGAGCUUGGUUAAUGAAUUUUACCUGAAGAUUUAGGAAUGAGAUGGGUCUCUACCAAGCUUGUGCCUCACGUUCUGACUGUCAACAGACCAUUGAUAAAUGUAUGUCAAUUUCUGACUGACAAUCAAAAAGAACUUCGAGUUCAAAAAUCUUGAGUUUUGAAAUAACAACUUGAAAUGAAUCCUGAUUUUCCGUCGAACGUCAUCAAUGGUGAUGAGUUAUGCUGCUACAGUUAUGACCAGAUACAAAGCAACAAUCAAGCCAAUGGAAGAUGGCAUUAUAUAAAAACAAGUUGUCAAGUCAAAUUAAUGCUUAUUUUCUUUUUUGAUGUGAGAGAGUUUGGGUAGUCAAUUGAGAGUUUCUUCUUCCAGGUCAGACUAUUAAUCAGGCAUUUUAUUUGGAAGUUUGAAGAAGAUUAUGCUGCAGUGUUUCUUGAAAAAAGACCUGAUUCGUGGCAGACUAGAGACUGGCUUUUCCAUCAUGACAUUGCAGCUGCACACACAGCUAUCUAUUUUACACACCUUACUUCCUGACCUAGCUCAAUAUGAUUUUUUGUAUUCCCAUGCAUGAAAAGGAACAUGAAUGAACUUAGAUUGAACAAUGUAGAUGACAUGAAGAAAAAAGUGAAGGUGCUGUCAACCAUUACCGAAGAUAAGUACAAACAUAUUUUUGAACAGUGGAAGCACCGAUUCGACAAAUGUAUAAAGUGUAAGGGAGAGUAAUUUGAAGGGGAUAAGGUAGUUAUAUAAAAAAAGUAAAAUACAUCUUUAAAAAAAUUAUUCUGGUUUUUUUGAGUACCCGCUUGUAUUGACAGAUUUAAAAUGAAUAUUAUUUAGCACUUUAUAAUAGCUGUUUAGUCAUAUCGUACAUUAGAAAUCGUGGACCACAUUUUUAUCCUUCUCGUGUUCUAAAACGGCACUCAUAUGGCUCUAUUUUCUGCUUGACAUAGUUUUAUUUAAAUAGUGUAUUAAUUAUGUACAAGUUACUUAUUUAUGUUAUGGAGUAAUAAGGUAAACACGGUGUUAUAUGAGGGUUUCACAAUUGUUAGAUAAGUUUUUACCAAUAAAAUACAUGUAAAAUACAAAUUAUUUGUUACAUUUUAUAGCUAAUUGUAUAGUUGUUCAAAGAUAUUAGGUAAAUAUAUUCUGAAACAAAUAAUUUUAACAAUACAUAAUUUUUUUAUUAAUAACAAUUACACAAUGCAAAACCAUUUUUAAAGAAAGAAAACAAUAUAUUUUUAUAUCAAAAGUACUUGCUCCAGGUGUACAAGGCAAAUGGAUUACUUGUUUUUAUAUAAAAUCCAUACUUUAAGUGAUACUUAAUUAAUUCUUAUCCAGUUACCUGUUCCACUAGGUUAGUUCCACAUUCCAGAUUCCAUUCCUUGUGCUUGUUCGAUUUGUGUGACCUGUGCUACACCCAAUUCUUGUACCUCUCGCAGUUAACCCAGUACUGAUGAUUUGUUUUCAUAAUGGGUGUUCAGUAUUUUAUUACAAUGUACGAGUAUCAUGUAUUAAUCGCUGAUCAGUAGUUGUAAGAAGGAAAAGACAAAAUUGUAGCCAUAAGGCUUCCAAGGGACCAAACUAUUCAGAAUGAUAAUUUUCUAAACAAUAAAUGUCACAACUUUAAUCGUGCACUUUAUACAGUAGGCCUAUGCUCAUUAAUUGUUAGCUUGAAAAAGCGUGUAUCUUUAUUUGAGCUGUAAGCAGGUAAUUUAAUGCUGUAGUAAAAUAUGGCUUUUAGCCUUUUUAUUGGCUUUUGUAAUUAACGCUAGAUCUGUGGAUUUAAAAAUGUUCAAAGUGGUUAAAUAUAUUUUCAGCAUUUUGGAAGUUUAUUAAAAAAAUCAACAUGCAUACUAUGUUAUACAAACGUUUAAUAUAGUUUUUCUGUACAAAUCUAGAUUACUGUUGUGUUGUAAAAUAAUGAAUGUAAAGAGUUCGUUUUGAGCUUCUUCUUCGCUGACUUCUUUUGGAUCUCUUAAGACGAACAUGACUCCAGAUUCCAAGAGUCAAGACUGUGACAGCACCAGAUUCCAGACACUGCAGUAAGAGAAAGGUGAACUGGAGCUAAACUCAACAUUUACAUUGAAUCAACCCUUCCCACCAUAGCUACAUUACGUGAAUGAAGUCAAAAUUACUUUUUACGGAAGAUUAAUGCACUUUUGUAUAACUUUGCAUCCUUAUUGUAUAAACCUACCAAUUAUUACUGUAACUCUUUUUAUAGCGUAGACACGAAAAGAAAAUAACCUUCCAAUGUUGUAAUUGGCCUGUCAAUAAAAUAUCCAUAUUAUAACCAAUAUAGCAAAUUAUUUGUGAUUUGGCGGUAAUAUUUUGUAUAUACCAAAGUAUUCUUUGUUUUAUUUUAGUAAGUACGAUCAUUCUAAUGUAUCUAGCCAGGUGAAAACUCAGUAUAUUAUGUCAUGGAAUCUCUUCUUUUGAUAGUUUUCAUGCAUCAACAUGAGAGCGUUAAUGACACAGAUCUAGGGUAAUCUGUUAGUUUUAUAAUUACAAUGACAACGCACUGUCCUCUCAUUCCAUUCGCCUAAUCAGCUAACCUCCUGUUAUUCCUAGUUCUUAGGCUUACAUGGCUGCUGUCUUAACUAAUAUCAAAGUCUUCGGGUUCACACCGAGUUGAAACAUUGCUUGUUAACGUAUGUUUAACCAAAACUAGUUUUGUACCAUGUAGUGUGAAUCAAAUGACUUUGGUGUUAGUUAACUCCAAUUAUCUCUAUGAAUACCUCGACUCUGUAUUGUUAAGGGCCUCUCUAUGUACUUUCCUUCUGUGCUCGUCGUCGUGUACUCAUGAAGCUCUGUGCCGCCACACGGGAUCUUAAAUAUUUAAGCCAUUGUUUUCUUUUUCACACUUUACUACCUUGUGUGCGAUAUUGGAACAUGUUUUAGACACGGGUAUGGCUAUUAAAUGUAUGAAUAUUUAAAACCUCCUCCAACUGUUCAUCUAUUCUCAUCCCAAGGAAAUUAACAGAACAGGUACAUGUUUAUCAAAAACCCCACAAAUACUUAAGGACCCAUGUGUAUGCACAGUGUUUCUACAGUUACAUAACAAUAAUUAUUAAAUGUUGCUCAGUGUAGUAUUAUUGUACAUUGGUUGAUGAACAGUAAUACCUCAUUUUGUGUAAAUAUUGACACAAAUAAAAAAAAAAAAAAAUUGACAACACUUUUAAUAUACAGUAGUAUUUAUGUAGAAAUUGUUUUAGCUCUACUUUAAAUUUAGUAUGAUAUAUUUUUUCUCUGUUAUAGUUGUGGUUUGCUCCCAAUUUUUUGAUAUUUAGGUAUUUUGGGUUUUUAAAUCCUCCUUUAGAUUGGCCUGUAUGUAUACUAACAAAUGUAACCAUCAAAAACUUAGUUUUGCCGUUACAAAAUAAAUAACAGAGAAAAAACAAAUAUAGAAAGUACCUACCAAUAUAGUAUUGUACAAACUUGUAAAAUAUUACCGUAUAUUGAUUCCUGUGUACAAUGGUAAUUCUAUUUUUGAUCACUAUGCAACUAAAAUGCUCCAUGGCAACCUGUCUAGCAUUCGUCCAUAAGGCUCCUUUUAUGUGACUCCUCUUGAGUCAAAAACUUUAGAUAACCGAAUUUGAAAAUUAAUCACAAACUAAUCAGUUAAACUGAAAUAACGGGAGAUACAUUAAAAUGAAGUUGGUUUACUUUUGGAUUUAGAUUUAUAACACAAAUUAUUAUUAACAAACAAUAACUUCUGGUUUUUAUUUUGAUAACAACAAAAAGUUACCAGUUUUUUUGUGCUUUUAACCAAACUGCAACUUGAUUUCGGAAAUUCAUAACUUGUAAGUAUGAAAUUCUAAAAUUUCAUACUCGUAAGUAGUACUUUUAUAAGAGGUUGGUCGUAUUAGGUUAACAAGUUUCUGAGGGAUGAAUUUUGAAGUUGCAGUUUCAUUGAAAAGUACCUAAAAAAGUAAUACCUUUUUCGCUUUUAUCAAAAUAAAAACUAGGAACCGAGAGUAGCUUCAAUGUACUCUACUACUAUUGGCCAUAGUGAGCUUUACACAUGAACAGUUCAUAAUUUGUGUCACAUGUCUACCUCUCAGUUCAUAAUUUGUGUCACGUGACUACCUCUCAGUUCAUAAUUUGUGUCAUGUGACUACCUCUCAGUUCAUAAUUUGUGUCACGUGUCUACCUCUCUGUUCAUAAUUUGUGUCACGUGACUACCUCUCAGUUCAUAAUUUGUGUCACGUGUCUACCUCUCAGUUCAUAAUUUGUGUCAUGUGACUACCUCUCAGUUCAUAAUUUGUGUCAUGUGGCUACCUCUCUGUUCAUAAUUUGUGUCAUGUGACUACCUCUCAGUUCAUAAUUUGUGUCAUGUGGCUACCUCUCAGUUCAUAAUUUGUGUCACGUGACUAUCUCUCAGUUCAUAAUUUUUGUCAUGUGGCUACCUCUCUGUUUAUAAUUAAUGGCAUGUGGUUACCUCUCAAAUCCCAUUUCAUGUAGAGAAACUGGUGGCUACAUACAAGUUUUUUUACACAGUACAGUUUUGGUCGCAUGGUACUGGUCUAGAUUAGUUUUUAAGUUAUUGGGCUUAUUUUUUGAGAGCCACAAGCAUAUUUUUUUAUAAGUCUUAUCUUAAUGAAACAGUGAAUGUUUUAACUGGCCGAAUACAGGAUUACUCAUGUAGGUGUCCUAUCAGAGCAACCUAUCACUGAGAUGAGUGCUCAGAUCUUCAUACUAUGAAGUUGACAAAUGGAGUAGCUGAAAAAGUUCCCUUUGUCUUUCUUGCAGUCUUUUCCUAAAAUAUGGAAACAACAUUAAUUUGUUAUUGUUAGAGACAGCGAAUGCAAACAUUUCUUUUAAAAUAGUGUUCAACAGAUAAGGCACAAUAAAUUUAAACUGAAGAGCUAAAUAACUGCACAUGAAGGCUGUAUUGCAUGUAAAGGUUAUAAAAAGAGAAUGGCAGCAACCCUGUCAUGUGAAAGAGAUCAUAGAAAUAAGUUUUCACCUUUACCAAGCUUGAUGUUUGAGAUGGAAUCUGUUAAAGAUUCUAUGUAUCUGAACAAUGUCAAAGCUUUCACUGGUGUUCUGAUUUACAAGUACCUCACACUAAUGUGUAUUCUGUGUCAGUUACAAAAUCUAUAUAUUUUUAAAAAUAUUGUAAAUGAUGUAUAUAUUGCUGACUUUAUGGUAGUAGGUUAAAUAUAUUGUUUUGGUGCUUGUUGUAACUGCAUAAUUGCAAUCUGUGUAUUUUAUUCUUAUCUUUAUUUUUCUGAAUAUAUUGAUAUCUUAUGUCGAUCUUAGUUCUAAGAAUUACGAGGCCGAUGUCAUCACUAACAUCGAAGUUGUCCGGUUCACGCUGCAGUAAACAUUGCUUAUCAGAGGUGUGCAAGGGUGAGGUGGUGGUCAGACUGGGUGCCAACUUUAAGGGGGGAGGCGGUGGUCAGACUGGGUGCCAACUUUAAGGGGGGAGGCGGUGGUCAGACUGGGUGCCAACUUUAAGGGGGGAGGCGGUGGUCAGACUGGGUGCCAACUUCAAGGGUGAGGCGGUAGUCAGACUGGGUGCCAACUUUAAGGGGGGAGGCGGUGGUCAGACUGGGUGCCAACUUUAAGGGGGGAGGCGGUGGUCAGACUGGGUGCCAACUUUAAGGGGGGAGGCGGUGGUCAGACUGGGUGCCAACUUCAAGGGUGGGGCGGUGGUCAGACUGGGUGCCAACUUCAAGGGUGGGGCGGUGGUCAGACUGGGUGCCAACUUCAAGGGUGAGGCGGUGGUCAGACUGGGUGCCAACUUCAAGGGGGAGGCGGUGGUCAGACUGGGUGCCAACUGCAAUAUUAUUUACAUGUGAAGAUAAAGUUGCAACUUACCCCUUUUGAAAGGUUAUCUGCCAGGCCUGUUGGCUACUCAAUCCGCUGCGGUGGCGCAACAUCUACCCUGAAAGGUGGCCUCUAUGCUUUAGGAAACCGCUAUCCUACCCUGGGCUUUCCUACUUUUACUCUAAGUGUGGCCUCUCUGUGCUAUACAGGCACCGCUAUCCUACCAUGGGCUUUACUCAUUUUACUCUCAAUGUAGCCUCUCUAUGCUAUACAGGCACCGCUAUCCUAUCCUGGGCUUUAUUCCAAUUGCAGAAAGCUGUGCCAGUAGGUAUGUGUAUAAUUAGAUGUUCAAAAGUGUUCAGUUCAGUAAAGUGGUUCUUUCCAACAUAUCAAAUCUUUGUUUUGAUUGCUAUUUUUUCAUAUUAUUAUAUAAUUAAAUUUUGAGCAUUAUGAGUUAAUUUAAAAAAACUACUUUUAUCAUAACUAUUUUAGAUUAUCUUAAGGAUAAUAAUUGACAAUUUCAUAACACAAAAUUCCACUCUUUAAAUUCCUUACUCGUCCAUGUAAUAUUUUUAUAAUUAAAUUAAAUUUAGAUUACCCCUGACCAGUUACAGUGGGAAGUUAACGUGUAUCUGGUUAGUCUGUAGCAUUUUCAAAAUCUUCCGUGUUUAUAUUUUUAUUCAAGUAUAUGUUUUUAGGAAUAAAAUGCAGAAAACACUUUAAUAAGUAUUUAUGAUUUCAAAGCAUUUUAAAGAUACAUGCCAAAUCUGAUAGGAAUAUAGUUUAGCUGUUUAAAUAAAAACUGCUGUUAUGUUUUUAUGAAUGAAUUAACUAUUUAUUCGAAAUUUUUCUGGAUGUUCGCUUUUUCAGGAAAUGUAUCCACAAACUUUUUAGUGCUCUAGCAAAUUGUAAUUGUGUUCUUCUUUGACUUUUCAAGUGUGCAGGUAAACUUAUGUUUUACAUUUAGACUUCCAACUUGGUAAAUUUAAAUAAUAGUUUUAUUUUACUUUAGGCGUGAUUGUUUACAUGUGUACCCUCGAUAAUGAAACAGAAUGCCGCCCUGGGUGCUAGAUAUCCUGGGCAUGCCACUGUUGUUUAUACAUUCAUGUUCUUGGAAUAUUUUGGCUCAGUCCCUUCAGCACAUCCAUACAGACUAGUGCUUAUUUUUGUCUGAAGAUGGAUCUCUACAGCGAGACCGAAAUAUUUCAAGAAUGUGAUUGUGUAAGUGAUGUUUAUAUAAGGUGUUAACUGGAAGAUUUUGAUGUUAAGAAGCCUCUAAUGUUGAUGUUUAAUAUUAGUAGAUAAUACCAUACUCUUUGAUUGUCAUCGAUGGUUGGUUUUUAAAAUUAUAUUGGUUUAAUGUUUUA